GAUGUAAACAAACGUUGGUGGAGCGAGAUGGUGCGACGCGCCUGCUGCUGCUGCUGUCUGGUCUCCAACACACCUGCACAUUACUUGAAGUUAUUCACUUGUGCUCACUAUACAAGUCAUACACAAUGGUGAAACUCACACCUGAGCUCAUUAUCCAGUCGGCGCAACACAUCAACCCACUCCGGGAUAGAGAACUUAUCCUCAGAGGCUAUAAAAUUCCUGUUAUUGAGAAUCUUGGUGCGACGCUGGAUCAGUUUGAUACCAUUGACUUCAGUGACAAUGAUAUCAGGAAGCUUGACGGUUUUCCGCUCUUAAAGAGACUCAAAACUUUGCUUCUAAAUAAUAACAGAAUUGUUCGAAUUUCAGAAACACUAGCAGAGACAGUGCCUAACCUCCAGUGUGUGUACCUGACUAAUAAUCUGGUACAGGAGUUGGCAGAUCUGGACAACUUGGCAGGACUGAAGAGACUGGAGUUCUUGUCCCUGCUGGGUAACCCCGUAACCACUCGUGACCACUACCGUCUCUAUGUCAUCAACAAGCUUCCACAGGUUCGUGUGGUUGACUUCCGCCGGGUGCGGCUCCGGGAAAGAGAAAUGGCCAAAAAGCUUUUCAAAAGCAAACUUGGGAAGGAGAUCCAAAAGGAAGCGAAGAAAGCCAGAACGUUUCUGCCUGGUGCUGGUGGCAUCUUGGACUCCCGGCCUACUUUGGGUCAAAUGACAGCAGAGGAUCAAGCUGCCAUCCGUCAAGCUAUAGCUAAUGCUCGCUCAAUGGAGGAAGUGGAGAGGCUUCAGCACAUGCUUCGCACUGGCAACAUACCGAGCCGAUCACAAGCUGGAAAGCGCCGGCACAAUGACGAGGAGGAUGACAACUGAACCAUUUUCAUCAGUACAAGAAAAUAAAAGUAUUUUCGGCAUUUGAAAGAUUUUCAUCUGUUUGUCUUAAACUUAAGAAUAUAAAUAUUUCAGCUAUUUUUUUUUCUAUGUUUGACUAGUUAAUGUGGUAAGUACACUUGUUUUCUUCAAUAUAAUACUGCAAUAAUGGGCCGAUAUCAAUGAUACACGCAAUGAUAAGAACAGAUACUGUACUGGUAAUUGCUGUAUUUAUUGACUCCUUGUUUGUAUUAAUACAGUUUGUAUGCAUCUUUCAAGAGUAAAUUCUAGAUAAUUUUUUUGUUUCAAAUUAAAUGGUUGAGAAGUGAAGUGCAAACGAUUUUCAUAUUCAUAAAUUAUUACAAAAAAUAAAAACAAAACGAACCUGC